AAAUUUCAUUCCCCUUGCCGUCUGCAUACUCCACUCUCCAUCGAAAUUACAACAACAAAAAUGGCGGACAAAGAGCAGACGAAUCCUGUGACGUCACUCUUCUCGAACUUGUUUACUCAGGUGAUUAAUUUCCGGUUGCCGUUUCUGCCGCCGGUGAAAAAGGAUGUUGUGAAGGUGGAGACGGAGAGGAAGGCGGUGGUUCGUGACGGUGAAGUGGUGGAGGUUUCGAAGACGGCGACGGUUACGUUUCCCGAUGGACGGAAGAAGACUGUUGAAUCGUUGAAGCUUGAAUCGGAAGAUGCGGAGCGAGAAACGAAUCCUGUUGUUCUCUGGCAGGUUUACGUGAUUGGAGGUUUCUUCAUCUUGAAGUGGGCUUGGGGCCGAUGGAACGAGCACAAGGAAAGGAAGAAGUCAUCUGAUGAUGACCAACCAUCUUCAUCACCCACGACUGAUGAGGGUAACUAGUGCUUAUGAAAUGUGUUUCUUUUCGUAUAUGUCAUAUAAUUCACAUACUUGUCUUAAAUCUGUGGGAAUUACUUUCAAUAUACAUGGUUCAAAAUUUCGCUAUGCUUCAGAACU